AUGGCUGACAAACUCACAGACGAACAAAUCACCGAAUUCAAAGAAGCAUUUUCAUUGUUUGACAAGGACAAUGAUGGCAAAAUAACCACCAAGGAACUAGCUACUGUCAUGCGAUCCUUGGGCCAAAACCCUUCUGAAAGCGAAUUGAAGGACUUGAUCAACCAAAUAGACGCCAACAACGACGGUUUCAUUGAUUUUGCUGAGUUUCUUGCUAUGAUGGCCAGGAAAUUGAAAGAAUCUGAUUCUGAGGCUGAGAUCCUUGAGGCCUUCAAGGUGUUUGACAAAAAUGGAGAUGGAAAGAUUUCUGCCGCUGAGUUGAGACAUGUUUUGACUUCGAUUGGAGAAAAAUUAACUGAUGCCGAAAUUGACGAGAUGAUGAGAGAAGCUGACGCUGACAACGACGGCGAAAUCGACAUCCUUGAGUUCACCAAUUUAUUGGUCUCCAAAUAG